AGACGCGCAACCCACGAGCAAACAAGACCGCGAUGCUUGCCGCACUGAAACAUUGAUCGACACACACCGUACCCCCGGGGCGAAGGCCCCAACUUUAAAUCAACCUCGUUGGGCGCGAGCGUCUCCAGCCUUCAGAUGAAUUUGGCGUCGCGUUCGCAGUCCAGCGCUGCUAGCUAAGGGCGGCAAGCUGGUAGCAACACUUGGAUUUCCGUCAUCUGGCGGGUCUCUCUGUCACAGGCAGUUCAUGAUGAAGGCUGCACUACGAUGGGGCGAAUAUACAAGAGCGAGUUCCGAUCAUCGAAAAGGCGUCUUUCGACAAGGCUGUCUUGUUACGACGGCAUCGAGGCUUUCUUCUAGCAGCCACGCCAGUUUCGUCAUAUCCAACUCGGCAGUCCCAACACUCCUUCAGAACUGGCACCCACAACGACACAGGAGGUGAUCGGCAUUCCAAUGCCCCCAUGAUACGAUCAUCGAGAAACUUCGUACAAUCAUUUUACGCCCGGUGGAAACCUACCGAGUCACUCCGCGCCUACUUGGGAUUCGAGGGGCGGAUGCUAUGCCAGUUUGCCAAAUCCUACUGGAAGAGAGGCAGCACACCCUACCUUAUCCGGGGCCCAGGAGAGAUGGACAAAGCUGCUGACGGCACUUUCGACGUUGGUACAAAAGCCAAGUGGUUGACAGACAUGGAAAAUGGGCAGAGGAAGUCGUCUUCACAGAACUUUUCUCUAGAGCUACAACAGGACGACUAUGGGUCAAACAUCACGGCACUUAUCGAGGUGCCUCUAGGCCUUAUUCGUCACACGGCAAAUGUUAUAUCGCCCAGGCUGUGUGUCAUGUUCCAAAGCUGCUAUAGUUCCAACGGCUCAAGUACGUUGGUUUCCACGGCCUUACCGGUUGAGCAUGAACGAAAUCAGUCGAGGCUCUUCCGGCACCCCGGCCAUGUGUGCCUCGCCAUCAUCAACUUGGAUAUUGCUGGCCAUCCUCAGCUCAGCCCUUCUCCCAACCACUGCUGCCAUUUGCAAUCGCAAACUCCUCCUUACAGUCUAUCUUUUUCUGCUUGGAUUGACCAUGGGCCAGGCUGGUCCUGUCAAGACAUAACAUACGACCUUCAAUACAUGGAAAACAACAAGCCCGCUGUGAUUAUCUCGAGUAUCUUCCAACCACAUUCUCAGGAUUGA